UGUCAUCUCCAGCAGCACUGCACGCGGGGAUGUACGGCGAGAAGGCACAAAAAUGAACGGAGCAGCGGGGAUGAACACAUUUUUCUGCGACAUGGACAUCAGUGGAUUUUGAUUCUCUACGCAAGCGGAUUAAUAUGACCGUAUCGCCACAUUCUCAACAGGCUCUCCUUCCAUUUGGGAAUAUUUAACACAAGCGAGGGUAUUUCCCAUGCAGGCGAGAAUCAUGCUCUGCAAAAUCUUUGCAUUGAUUGUCUUACAAGGUGUGUGGAGGUGUGAGGCGUGGGUCAUGUCCGAGGUCAAGCCCGGAGGUGUCUCAGGCCCCGGCACGGAGUUGACCUCCGGUGGAGUCGCAGCUCUUAACAAUGAGGCGUCGGAACCAAAGUCCAGAUCUAAGCGCUGCACCUGUUAUUCUUACAAGGAUAAGGAGUGCAUCUAUUACUGUCAUUUGGACAUCAUCUGGAUCAAUACGCCUGAACGCACGGUGCCCUAUGGAAUGUCAAGCUACCAAGGAGCUCAGCGGCUGCGACGUGCCGUCGUUGGAAAUCAAAGUGAACGCGAGCAGACACACACUCAGCGCUGCGUUUGCGCCUCCUUUGAUGCAGAUCCAGAGUGUCAUCAAUUUUGUCAGCCAAGCUCCCCGCAGAGUGGACUAAACAGGAGUCUUCACAGAAGCCCAGGGCCCGGCUGACAGUUGGACUCCUCCUUACAUCCUACUGUUUUCUCUAGGGAGCGGAACCUUCCCUCGUCUUCACACCCAUUAUUCUCGGUUUGGCACACUCGCCUUCACAGGUACACUCACAGUCAAGGAAAGAACUUUGGAGUUUGACACUGCCGACAUUCCUGAGCAUAAUAACUCUUGGAGCAAGUUCCAUCAAGUUGAGUGGUUUUAAGAACUCCAGCAAAUUCGAUACAGAACCCUGGAGGCUGUCUUCUUGCCUCCCCCCCUCCUCAUCUGAGCGGCAAAAGGAUUACCUUCACCCUGAAAAUAUCCUGUGACCUUAUGCAAGGUUACUUCAGACUCUUUCUUUGUAUUCAUGCCUGCUAUCAUAUUGUGGACUACUCUGAGACUCUGAGCGACAGUAUAUCGAUGUACAAAGGACGACAUUUCUACGUACAGUAGAUGGUGGAUAACAGCCUGUGCUAAGUAGUUUUAAAAUAAAUAACAAUAAGGCAAUCUUAUAUAUCGCUGUGUUCUCUGAUGACCUUUUUUACACAGAACUAACAAUAAAAAAAAUAUAUAAAUUCUAUUAUUUGUUACAAAAUAUUGCUCUGUUUGCAAGAUAAAUGUGAUCUACAUGUAAGGGGUAACACAUACAGUGCAUCCGGAAAGUAUUCACAGCGCUUCCCUUUUCCACAUUUUGUUGUCAAAGCCUUAUUCCAAAAUUAAAUAAUUAAUUUUUGUCCUCAAAAUUAUACAGAAAAUAAAUACCCCAUAACAACAAUGUGAAAAGUUUUUUUUUUUAUUUUUUUUUUUUAA